GUUUCACAAUAAUAUAUUGCAAGGUGUAAUUUCCAACAGUGGCACUUCAAAGAAAAAGAAAAUUCCAAUUUAUUAUGCAGAAAUUACACGAGUAAAGUGGUAUAUACGUUUAUAAUAUAUGUACAGUAUUACACUGAAAAUUUAUUCUAUCAGAAAAAAAUAUGUUGUCGCCGACUGUGGACCACUGUACUACUCUAGUAUCAUAUCAGCAUUCCGUGCCAAUCUUUAUAACAUCUUGUGAAAUCUGUUUACAUAAAUAAAUAGCUGAAUUUAAUCAAUAACAUUAUUUCUAAUAUCCAAUGACUAAUAUAGAGUAUACCUUGUGUUUUCCUCCAGAAAAUCGACAGUAAUUGUUUCACAAAUACACGACAAAUAUCACUCAAAUGACAUUUCCACCGAUAAAAUCCUCUUUGGAAAUAAAUGACCAAUCAAAACACGUCUCUAUAGUAAUUGGCCAAUCAAAAACCACAUUAUCAACACUCGGCAGGGCUGAGAGACCGUUAACAUUUGCAUAUUGCAAUUUCAUUUGUCCUUCGCGUGGAGUGGGAGUAAACGAAUGUGACGAGAACACGAGGAGCGUUUCGUCAAACACUCCAGCGAGUGGUGUCAAUUUAGUAAGAAAAAUAUAUCUAAAGUUUGUGUGAAAUGUUCUAGGUGAUUACACACAUACGGCCUUUACUUUGUUAUCGUAUAGAGCCGUUCACUCCGUUAUCAGUAUAUUGUCACACCGUGUACACACGGGUCCUUUAGUCCUGUACACUCGUCCUCUCUGUCCACAUUAUAUGGAACUCUGUGGAAACAUAAUUUCAACUCAAAAGGUCAACAGUAAUCCGUCUUCAAAUCGACCUCUUGGGAGAAGACAACAGCGGAACUAACAGAUAGCUGAGAGAGUGACUGCCGUCCUAGUGAUUGUAGCAAAGAUUUUCACAGCUUUUAUACCGAAUCGCAAUAAUCGACAUCUCACAUCGGUCCGUGUCUGCUCGCCCAUCCAAGAUCGUGCUUAAUCAAGCAAUUUUAAGUUUUUCGUCGAAUGGAGCUGGGCCAGUAUUUGCCUCGUGAGAUGGAGUGCUCUUGAAUGUACAGUAAGAAUAACACGAGAACGUGAUAUCGUAUACGUUUGGAACCGUGGACUAAUCACUGCACACUCGGUUCGUGAUAUUAACACGGAAUUUCAACACAGGAAAACUUUUCCUAUAUCCCUCAAAACUAUUGCUGGUCAUUGUAUCAGAUUAAGGAAAUUUCUCCCUAUCUUGGAAAAAAUACAGGAUCAGUUGAGCAAAGGAUACGGCACGUUCUGAGGAGGAGGACAAUAUGAUUAGUAACGUUGCCGGAAGAUGAAGGACAAAUCUAAAACCGCCGCCCGGACCCGGAGGGAGAAGGAAAAUGCGGAAUUUUACGAGUUGGCGAAGAUGUUGCCUUUGCCCUCCGCCAUCACAAGUCAGUUGGAUAAAGCUUCCAUUAUACGACUGUCCACAAGUUAUCUCAAGAUGCGGACAGUAUUCCCCGAUGGUCUCGGUGAUGGCUGGGGACAGAGACAAAUGGGACAUAGGACAAGACUCGACAAGGAACUGGGCUCGCAUCUAUUACAGACAUUGGACGGCUUUAUAUUUGUUGUGGCUCCUGACGGUAAAAUUUUGUAUAUAUCAGAGACAGCGUCAGUACACCUGGGAUUAUCACAGGUGGAGCUGACAGGAAGUAGCGUAUUUGAGUAUAUCCAUCCGUCUGACCACGAUGAAAUGACGGCCGUCCUGUCCCUCCAUAAUCCCUACCACUCACAUCUCCUACAAGAUAUUGAAAUAGAAAGAGUGUUCUUUAUACGCAUGAAAUGUGUUCUAGCUAAACGGAAUUCUGGUCUAACGAAUGGCGGCUACAAGGUAAUACACUGUAGCGGUUAUAUGAAGAUUAAACAAUAUACCAUGGAUAUGGCGCCGUAUGAGGGAUGUUUCCAGAACAUGGGUUUGGUAGCCGUCGGACACUCCCUCCCACCCAGUGCUAUAACGGAAAUCAAAAUGUUCAGCAACAUGUUCAUGUUCAGGGCCAGCCUCGAUCUCAAACUCAUUUUCCUUGAUGCCAGAGUAGGACAACUGACCGGGUACGAACCACAGGACCUAAUCGAACGCACCCUCUACCACUAUAUCCACGCCUGUGAUAUUAUGCCAAUGAGAUUUGCUCACACAACCCUACUGCUGAAGGGUCAGGUUACCACAAAAUACUACCGCUUUCUGACCAAAGAUGGUGGCUGGAUUUGGAUGCAGAGUCAUGCAACUAUCGUCCAUAACAGUCGGUCCUCCCGUCCUCACUGUAUCGUCAGUGUGAACUAUGUCCUCAGUGAUUUGGAAGCACGUGGACUUCAGAUACAAUUGGAGCAGACCAUCACCAAAGAGCCGUCACCUUUCUCCAAUAUACCAAACAGAUCGACGAACAAGCUUCGUUCCUCGAAGCCAAAAUCUAGACGUUCACCUUAUCCUCAUAUCGCGGAAAAUCCCGAGUACAACCAUGGCGACAUGGCCGUGGAGAGGUCCCAGUUAGACUUUAUGUCCGAUCCCGCCACCCAGGAACUGCUGUGUGCUAACAACACGCCUCAGGCAGUACUGGAUUGUGGGGACAAAUUGGCCAACAUGUACUCACCCCAGUACUCACAAGGAAUAAUUUCCGAUAUAUAUCAGUUCCAGGCGCAACAGAGAUACCUGGAUGAGAGGUUACAGUACCGAGAGAAUGAAGAGGAAAAGUUUUAUCCCAUGAGGAACCUAGAGGCAUAUCCUGGAUAUAUCCCUGCUCACAACGGACAUUGUAGCCCUCGGCUUACCCAUAUCGACCACCACGACCGACAAACAGUGUCACCACAGUUUGAUUACAGGACUUCCGGUCCGUGUUCUCGAAGUAGUUCUCGAGACACAACAUUCGGAACUCCUCAGGGAUAUGCAUGUCCUUUUAGCAAUAGGUCUGAAUCGUCAGCAUCUGACGUCGACGUUGUUAGUGACGAGUAUGACAAGCAACAUCAGCCUCGAUCUGACACCCUCCAAGUUAAAUUUGACAAUAUUUUGGAAGCAAAUAGCUUGAAUAUAAAAGAAGAGUGUUACAAGUCACCGUCACGGCUGGGUGAUCAGACGAAAAUUGUGUCUCCUUUACGUGAUAACCUUCAACAAUCAGUGAUCAUGUUACGGCCCUCCAGACCUAUGUACCCUUCAGACACGUUGUCUGUAAGGAGUUCAGAGGACUGUUGUCAGGCCGUCAUGGAACGUUCUCCAAGUGCUGACAAACUGCCUGGUCAAACAGACUUUACAAAGUGUGCUACAGAAUCCACACCCGCCGACGACGUAUAUAUACCAGACGGUGCCGUGGACAACGACAAAAUCAUGGACGUUCGAAUGAUGCACGAGAAAAACUUUUAUACGCAAUGUCUUCGUGCUGCAUGUGUUUAUGACAAUUACAAUCAAACUAACGUAAACCACACAGCGACGGCCUCCAGUCCUAGACCGUACACUGUGGGUCCUCAGGCUGGCUACACCAGUGUUAUAGUGGACACCCAGCAGUAUCAUCUAGCUAAUGGCUAUGUACACUAAGUCCCGAGUACACAACCGUACAACUAGUCACAGCAGAUUUAUGGUAUUUACAAGUAUUUAGGAAAUGUUUCAUGGUUACAGUACAUUUCUUACACCAAUUUAGACGUUAGAUUCAUUUAAAAAUUGUUGGUAUAUUUUAUACAUGAACAUAAUUAUUAUCAUAUUUUAUUUGGUAAAAUAUACUGCUGGAUAACUAACGGAGUGAAGCCCAUCUCAAGACGACAGACUAUGUCAUGUUCGAAUUGCAGAGCAUUCACCCUCGGCUUGGUGGAGGCUCCAAGUUUCCCCCCUGUCUACUACAAACCAUUGUCUAUCACAAACACGAUUGGUUAGAAAGAAGUCAAUUAAUGCAGUGUAUAAAAUGAAAAGCCGGAUACUAGAACAUAAGGUGUUUGUAAGAUAUCUGUUAGUGGUUGUUUGUGUUGUUGAAUAUUUUCUUGAUAUUAGCCGGACAUCUCAACAAAUCUGUGUUUACGAGGUACCUCAACAAAUCUGUGUUUACGAGGUACAUCAACAAAUCUGUGUUUACGAGGUACAUCAACGUGAUUUGAUGCUCGUGUAUUGUCUAUCGUUGCUAUAUACUUCAGAUCCAUGUCUGUAAUCAUUCGGACAUUAUAAACAUGCUUGUCUUAAACGGUGCUUUGUUAUAGAAUUCAUUGCAGUCAUAAUCCAUAGUAACUAAUACUGACCAAACUAUGUAUUUCAUCUGUUAGAAUCACCCAAAAUGCAUUUUCAAAUAAUCGUUGGAAAAGUAUGAUUGCAAUGUUAUCAAUGAUAGAAAAUGGUUUUGGCAAUACUUAUAAUCAAUAUUAACUUAUUUUGUGUGUAAGCACUUAUUAUGCUUUUAUUGAAAAUACAUGUACAUGUUGAUUUAUUUCAAAACCAAUGAACAUUACAUCAUAAUGGCGCACAAUUUCUGGAAUGUUUAUGAUUCAUUUAUACUUGGUAAUGUUACCAGAUGCCAUCGAUGGUUGAUAGAUAAUAGUCGUAAAGUCUUUUAAUCAUUCACUUCGAGGGGAAUAUACAUCCACACUGUCAUACCAGUCUCAGUAGAAAUGAGGACCAUGUCAUCGUGUGUCUAGGACCGAGACAUACGUCCCUGUGUGUCUGGGACUGAGACAUACGUCGCUGUGUGUCUGGCAAUUGGGCAUACGUCGCCGUGUGUCUGGGACUGGGGCAUACAUCGCCGUGUGUCUGGGACUGGGGCAUACGUCGCUGUGUGUCUGGGACUGGGGCAUACGUCGCUGUGUGUCUGGGCCUGGGGCAUACGUCGCUGUGUGUCUGGGACUGGGGCAUACGUCGCCGUGGUUCUGGGACUGGGACAUACGUCCCUGUGUGUCUGGGACUGGGGCAUACGUCGCCGUGUGUCUGGGACUGGGGCAUACAUCGCCGUGUGUCUGGGACUGGACCAUACGUCGUCGCCGUGUGUCUGGGACUGGGGCAUACGUCGCCGUGUGUCUGGGACUGGGACAUACGUCCCUGUGUGUCUGGGACUGGGGCAUACGUCGCCGUGUGUCUUGGACUGGGGCAUACGUCGCCGUGUGUCUGGGACUGGGACAUACGUCGCUGUGUGUCUGGGACUGGGACAUACGUCGCCUUGUGUAAGAACGCUUGCUUCAUCAGAUUCCUGGUAUAUCGUAACAGUCUAGUUCUGAUAUAUAGUAUUACUGAGAAGCAUGUUCAUACCAUUGUAUUUAAUUGGUGCUUUAUAUUAGAGGACUAAUACUUGUUUUCAAUUUGUAAUAAUGAUGAUGGCUACGCCAUCUUAUUAUCAGUUCUCAAAAUAAGCAUUUACCCGCAAAAUAUCCUGGUGAUCUUAAUCUGAAAACACAGCAUCAGUGUAGACUUAAACAGUUUCAGGUUGGUGAAAAUAUAUGUUUAAUGUCUAUUUAUUACAUAUUGCGUAACAAUAUAUGUAUGUGACAAUGUGUUUAUUGUUUAGUAUUCUAUUCACGAAAUCCAUCCUGUGGAUAUGAUUGGUGAUAAAAGUAGUUGUAUGAGAGGAGUAUGUAGAUACAUAAGUGUGUGGUUAUAUUGCAGCAUUGCUUUAUGAGAAGUGUUUUGGUUACAUUGUAUGAUUGGUGUUUUAGUUACAUUGUAUGAGUGAUGUUUUGGUUACAUUGUAUGAGUGAUGUUUUGGUUACAUUGUAUGAGGGAUG